GCUUUUUCUCCAUUCGCCUGGAGGACAACACAGAGUGCAAGACAUUUUCAAAUCCUCAUCCCCUCACGAGGACUGCAAUCUGAUAACUGCUAGUCUACUGUUAAAGUGUUUUGACUGCACACUGCAGACACUACAAAAUCAACCAUGGCUGUGGCCAGCAUGCCCAUGCCUGGAAGGAUGGGCACCCCUAGAGGUCUUGAUGACUACAGUCUUUACAGCGCCCUGUCAGAUGAGGAGCUGAUGCAGCUGGUCAUUGAACGCAGCCUCACUGAGGAACACAACUCUAUUAACGCCAUUCAAUCAUCCCCACCUGUGUAUUGGCAACCCAAUUACCAGCCAAACCAAUUUACCACCAACGAAUUUAUGACUAAUGUCAGGCACCCCUCUGCAACAAGGCACAUGUAUGACUUUCCCAGAGCCAACCCGAACCCAGCCAACCCACCUCCAAACCCCUCACCUGCCAACCCACCUUUAGCAGACCAUAUUAUAGAUGUGAGACCCCUGGUACCUGUGAUUGAGAAUGGUGAUUUAAAGGCCUUAAAAGAAAUAGUGAAAUGCAAUCCAAAGAGUCUCUUUGUACCAAAUGAGGAUGGAUGGAUUUCUCUACACGAAGCUGCAUAUUACGGUCAAGAAGAAUGCCUCAAGAUUAUAUUAAGAGCCCAUCCUGGGAUAGUGAACACAUGUGGUACAUGCAAUCAGACCCCACUUCUUUUGGCUGCCAUCUUUCACCAUGUGAAUUGUGUGGAGUGCCUUCUAGACAGAGGUGCAAAUCCCAACAUUGCCAAUAACGAUGGAGAAACACCACUCUUGAAAGCUUGUGGGAAGCCCAAUGCAGAGAUUGUAGACCACCUCCUAAAGUAUGGAGCCUCAGUGCACAAGGCUUGCGUUCAGGGUCUGACACCUCUCCAUGAAGCAGCCGGGCAUGAUAACGUGGAAAUUUGCCAGAUGUUGUUGGAUGCCGGUGCCAAGCUUAAUGCAGCCAAUAUCUACGGGAUAGACCCUUUCUUUACGGCAGCACAGAACGGGAGAGUGGAGGCGUUGUCUUUCUUGAUCAGCAAAGGGGUUGAUAUGAACUGCCAGGCAUGUGAUGGGGCAACACCCUUGUACGAGUCAAGUAAGAAUGGUCACAAGGAAGUUGUGGAACUGCUUCUAUCUCAGAAAGCAGAUGCAAACCGAACAACCAAGUCUGGCCUCCUGCCUCUUCAUGUUGCUGUCCAGAAAGGACAUUUUGACAUUGUAUCCAUGCUGAUCCCUGCCACUAGUAAGGCCAAAGUUCAAUGCAGUGGCAUCAGUCCCCUCCACCUGGCUGCUGAGCACAACAGGGACUGGAUUUUAGAAGUGCUUAUCAAGGGAGGAUAUGACGUCAAUCUCCAGCUGGCAGAAGACCGAUCCAAAAUGUAUGAGGACCGUCGCAGCACAGCGCUCUACUUCGCUGUCGCCAACAACAACCUAGAGGCCGCAGAAAUGCUUCUGGAGGCCGGCGCUAACCCCAACCUUGACAUGUUCAACCCUCUUCUUAUCGCUGUGAGGCGGGGUUGCAUGGAAAUGAUCACAGUGCUGGUGGAGCAUGGAGCUAACAUGAACGCGUCCAUCCUCACACACCCCUGCUCCUUCCCGGCAGUAGUCAUGCUCGGUAUGAAGUAUUCACAAAUCCUGAAGUAUCUGAUGGACAAUGGCUGCGAUGCCCUUUCCUGUUUCGACUGCACAUAUGGCAGCAAGCCACAUCCACCCCUGAAAAAUGUAAGUAGAGGCAGAGGCUUCACCGAAACUUUGCGCUACGCUACCGAUGAGGACGAAGCUCCAAUCAACAUGUACAUCCAGUUCUGUGAGAUGAUCAACGAUCCAACUAUAAGUUGCUGGGCUGGACCCAUCAUAGACACGCUCCUGGAUUAUGUUGGCCAUGUGAAACUCUGCUCCAGGCUGAUUGAGCACCUGGAUAGCAACCAUGACUGGGCAGGGAUCAAAGUGAAAGCAAUGCCACCAUAUUCACUGAUGAAGCUGUGUAGGCUGAAGAUCCGUCAGCAGGUUGGAAUCCCCAGACUGAGGCACAUUGACACUCUGCCCCUCCCACCAAUACUAAUCAAGUUCCUUAACUAUAAAAAGGGAGAUUGACUGAAUGUCUAAAAUCUAUUUUUCAUUUGUCGAUUCCAUGACUCGUCUCCAAUAAAAAAAAAAUGUAUAUUGUAUAAGCCAAAUGAGAUGAAGAGGGAAUGUAUCUUUGCCCAGUUGCAUGCUGUUUAAUAGGCUUGAUUUGAUAUUACAAUGGCAAGAGUAACAUUUUAAUGAACCUAUUGUACAUUGUAUGUAUACAUUUAAUAUUUUAGAGGUACACUCUUAGCAUCUUUUUUCUAUCGAGAACCUUAAAGGGUUCCCCGGCUGUCCCCAUAGCAGAACCCUUUAAAGAACCCUUUUUGGUUGCAGGAAGAACCCUUUUGGUUCCAUGUAGAACCCUUUCUACAGAGGGUUUUACCUGUAACCCAAAAGGGUUCUACCUGGAACCAAAAGAGAUUAUCCUAUGGGGACAUCCAAAGAACCAUUUUGGAACCCUUUUUUCUAAGAGUGUAGAAUCCUUGGGUUUGGUUAGCAACAGCCACACUGACUCUUAUGGCCUACUAAAUUCAUGUUUACCCUGCGCAGUGAGAUUUUUUUUUACACUAAAAGAAAGUGAAAUUGCUUCGUAGAUGAAUGAAGCACAGCUUGGAACGCUUCUUGGGCAAUCAGAACAAAUUAUCAAUACGGAACCAUCUGUUUUUUAAUGGAAGUGAUAUAGUUAUUUGUAUUGUGUAGGUUGGUUGGUUGUCAUAGGCGGGAGCUAUUUCAGUGGUUUAUUUAAACUUGUAAAAAAUUAAAAAUUGGCUGAAGUAAAAUUAUUGAUGGAUACUGCAGAUUGACAGAUGUAUUAUGACUCAUGCAAUGCUAAAUGCUAUCAUUUAUGCUUGCUUAAAGCAUUAAAGCACAGCCAUACAAUGUCUAAAAACAAAAACAAACACUAAACAAAGUCUUAACAUUUUGUUUAAAAAGUCAAUUAUUUUAUUUGAUCUACUACAGUAGUUGAGGGCAGAGUCGACGUGCAUCAGGCUGUAUAUAUCUGGUGUUCAAACAAUGUAAUAUGAAAUAAAAUUAUAGUUUUGAUGUUGAUUGGGAACUUGUAGAAAAUGUACAGUCUGUGUUUUGUAUUUGGAAAAAAUACAAAAAUAAACAAGGUUGAGUAUCUCAAAA